AUGACGCGAUGAAAGGUGAUUAUUGCAUCUUUUCGUUCAAAUAAUGAACAAUACGUACGUACAUACGUACAUACAUUCGGUCAACGACAAAUGGCAUUUGCACAAUUUCGAAUAUUAUUUAAAAAGAAUUUUCUACUUCGUCGUCGACAACCGGUUCUCUUUCUUUUUGAACUCGCUUGGCCUUUAUUACUCUUUUCUAUUGUUGCAAUUGUUCGAAAAACUUCACCUGUUCAAAAUCGACCAGCAUGUUAUCACAAUCCGAUGCCAUUACCUAACAGUGGUACAAUAGGUUUUCUCCAAAGUUUCUUGUGCAAUACCAAUGUCAGCUGUCGUUCAAAGCCCUUCGAUGCUCAAACAUCGUCGCUAAAAAAUUAUCUUCCAUCGGUUUACGACGGUAUCCUUGGAUUGACUGAAGCAGAAGGUGUAAAUACUGUUUUAUACAAUUUACCUAAUCUAACACGUAGUGUUGAUCAUAUCAAUAAUGCAUUCAAUGAUACAUUCUUACAAAAACUUCUUGAUGGAAGAUUUUCUAUUGCUGACCUUUUCAACAACACUAAAGAAUUACGAACUGAUUUAAUUCAAACUGGCUUAUCCAAUGAUUUAGUUGAUGACUUUCUCAAUGGAUCGUUUGAUUUAACAGAAAUUUAUAACUCAUUCAAUAAGACAAUCAAUUUAGAACCAUUCUGUCGAAUGAGUUUUCUCAACCAUAUUCUCACCGUCGAUGAUUCUGAUAAUGCCGAGAUCGUUAUUAAAGCGUUAUGCCAAUUGAAUGUUCGUAACUUGACAAUGGACUUAAAUACAUUCAUUAAUGAUUUGAAUAUUGAUACAUUGAAUCGAUAUUUCGGUAACCUUUCGCAAUUGAUCAAUGGAGACGAGAUUCAAAAUAAGAUUCAACAAUUGAGAGACUUAGAACAAACUGUCAGGCAGCUAAGUGGAUAUGGAACAUUGUUACAAAAUUUACCGAACAUGACCGAAAUCGCACGGAUUAUUCCCCGAUUGAUUCAAAUUAUUGAAUUAGUGCAAAAUGAACGAGAUCUCAUUCAACUUGCCGGUCAAAUGUUAGCAGAUUUGCAUGUUAUCACUGAAGAGCGUAUCAUCUUGCAGCUAUAUGAAAUCACCCAAAUGUUCGUGGAUUUUCUUCAGCGUUAUGAUAAUAUGACACAAAGUCUCACGGCACAAGAUUUAUUUCGAAGUAUAUCACUGAACACUACUUUGCAAUCGUAUUUAACGAUCACCAAAGCAUUUGAGAACCAAAUCUUCAACUCAAGAAUCAAUUUUCAUGUCUUAGCGGAAUUUCUUGUGGGCAAAAUAACCGGCGCACCGAGACAUCGAUCCAUAUGUCUUCAGCCUGGUUAUUGGAAUCUAUUCAUCUUAGAUGAACCUACAUCAAAACACUUGAAGGAUCGUGUCGAGCGUUACUGUGGUAUUCAUAACAACAUUGAUCCAAUUUACAAUAAUUUCUUCGAGGGUCUUCGCUUCGAUCAGUUACAAAAAUACUUCGAUGAUAUGCACUUUCCACCGAUGGCAUUCGAAGGUUUAACAAAUAUUCUGUACACGUUCAACAAAGCGGGAUCCGUUGAAAAUGAUCUUCGUUUAACAUUCGAUAGUGUGUCAGCCGUUAGUGAAUUAUUAACCAGAACAAAAACAGCUGGACUGAAUCUCUAUGCUUCAUAUAAUUUCGUUAAACAAAUGACGAGAACGUUCAAUCCAAAUCUAUUGAAACUACCCAUUUUCAACACAUUGGAUAUUGCAAUACCAAUUCUAACACCUUUAGUCAAUUUCGAUCAACUUGUUUCUGUGAUUGCGGGUAUUCCACGUGGAACAAUUGAUAAUAUCGUGAAUAGUGUUAAUCAAAUCAAUAAUUUUUUGACUACACCAGCACCAACGAGACUGAUGCGUUUGACAACAACGGUGAAUAUGUCAAACGUUGUUACAACAACUACGCCCCGAACUCGAGCUCGAUAUAUCGAUUGGGAAACACUGUAUCAUGCGAAUAAUUUUCUAAAACGAAAUGCAUCGAAAUCAUUUGUCAUCCCCGCCAACAUGACACCCUAUCAUCAAUGGAUUAAACGGCAAAAACGACAAUUGGAUAUUUUUAGUAGUUUUCUUGCCCAACCACGCGUGUCUGAUUCAUCAUCUUUGGCUUUUGUACCUGAUUUCGUCAAAAUGUUCAAUUCAUUCUCUCCUGAAACAUUGGAACUCCUUUGUAUUGAACCAUUGAUUAAUCUCAUUCCAAAUGAUCCUGUUCUUAGCUAUGUCUUCGGCGUUGGUCGUUUAUUCGAAUUGGUCAACACGUUUAUGUCGAUCAUAACAUCAACAAAUCGUAUUCGUUGUUUAAAAAAUCCUAAUAGUGAUUAUGCAGAAAUUUCACAAUUUCUUCGUCUGAACAAAACUGUCGGCGUGAUUCGUGAAUUGAUACAAAAUGGUUUUCAAGCGAAAUUCAGUUGUUCACUAAUCGUUGAUGUUGUGAAAAAUAUUCAAGUCUAUCAAAAUCUUGCGCAAAUUAUGCAACAUAAUACGAUCAGUCUUGAUACGCUCGAAUGUUUCAAACAAACAAUCUUACAAACACUCGAACGAUUGAAGAUUCUGCCUGGUUUAUUUCGUUUCAUCUUUAGUGACAUGUCACUUAUCCAGUCAAUUAAAAAACUUACACCGUUGAUUCAAAUCUUCUCACCGAUAUUUUCUUCGAAUUCAUUUAAAUUUGUUCAGAUGAAUGAUAUGAUCGAAGAUGCGAAUAACUUCACGUUGUUUUUACAACAAAAACGAAAUAUCACGCUGAAUCAUUUGUAUUUUAAUACAAGAUUGGCCCAUUUGAACUCACCGGAUGACUUGAGACACAUUUUUUGUAAUCAAAAACAAAUGAAGAACUAUGUCAUCUCAUUCAAAGACUCUCCGGAAACAUUAGAAUGGAUUUUAUGUCGAAGUGAAUUGCUGUACAAUCAAACUUACCAGCAAUUUAUCGAACAAUACGGUAAAUCAAUACAAAUGAAGAAAUUUAAUGGAUUGGAUAUUGAACGUUUAUUCAAUGAAAUGCCGUUUAUGCAAAGCGAUUUCGAACGAUUAGCCAAUGAGAAUCAAUGGUUAAUGAAUCUUAUGGGUGGAUUUAGUCAAGAAGAAAUGUCACCAAUAGACAUCUACAAACUAUUCAUGAAUUUUACAACGCACCUUCCGGAAUUCGAUACAUUGAGAGCGAAUGUAUCGUACUUGGUGGAAAAAUAUUUCUGGGCAUUGCCGGAUGAGAACAUGCAGAAAAUGAUUCUGUCAUUGGUCGAUGGUCUUCAAACAAUUCAUGAAUUGAGUAUUAUUUUGCAAGAAAAUUUAAAUGGAUUACCUCUGAGAGAUGCGUUUAAAAAUUUUACAUUCAUUCUCAACAAACUCCGACGGGAUUAUGGAUUGCCACCAUUGACUAUUCAACUCUUGUCACAAGCUCGUUUGUUCAAAGAUCCCAUAAUUUUAUUCAAUUUGUAUACUGAAUAUCAUCAAACAGUUUGUAAUGCGAAUUCAUUGAAUGCGACAAUUUAUAAAACUUGGCCUUAUUUGAAAUUUAAUGAAAAAUUCGAUAUCAAAAAGUUAUCAGAACGUCUAUGCGAAAUGCCAUUGGAAAAUCAGGCCAAACUUAUUCGAUCAUUGAUGAAACACUUGCUCAUACCAGAUAAAAUACAAAAGUUUGUUAAAAGUGGUGGCAAGUACAUCGUCGAUCUGGUGAAUAUGGAUGACAAAGAAGUGGAUGUUUUCAAACAAGUAGGUCCAAUUGUCAAUGAUGUGAAUGAACUACUCAGUCGCGUCAAACGAUUGAAUCAACAAGUAGACGCAUCGCAAAAUCAAGAUCAAUUUUCAAAGAUAACGAAUAUAUUCUGUGCAGAAAUCGACAAACCCUCAAAUCCACAACGGCAAGUGCUGGAUGAAGAAAUCUUUAUCGAGCAAAAUAAAGAUCAAACAAAGAAAAAAAAUGAAACUGAAUCAAUCCCGCAACAACGAUUGUCAGAAUCGUAUGAUGAAGAUAAUAAAGUCGAUUGUUCGGAUAUACGACGAAGUAUUGAGCAAAGUAGUGAUAACGGAUAUAUUAUUUGGCCAUUGAUUAAACCGUUGCUAAUGGGAAAGAUUUUAUAUGCACCAGCUACACCUGUCUCGAAUGCAAUUAUUGCGAAGGUUAAUAAAACAUUUGAAGAGCUGGAUAAAAUUCAUCAAUUUGCUAAAGCUUGGGUCAACUCUCCACUCAAUCUAACGGCGCUAUUAGGCGACCUACAAAACACGAAUAACAUCAAAAAAGUUUUGUCGAAUCAAUUCUUUCAAGAAUUGUUUAGCAAUAUCAUAGGAAUGAAUUCAUACGAUAUUCAAUCAAUUACAUCAAUGUUGGACAAUUUCAGUGGCGAGGCCAAUGCUGAUGUGCUGAAAAAUGUAGAAGCUAUUAUGAAACAAUUCAGUGAUUAUUUACCAUGUAUUGAACUAAAUCGUUUCGAAGCACUUCAAACUGAGAAUGAGCUCGUCGAACGUGCGAAAGAACUUCAUCGAAAUAGAAUGGUCAUAGCCGGUAUUGUCUUCUCAAACUUGAAUAGUUCGAAUCCGAACGCGAACUUCCUUCCACCGCAUAUUCAUAUCAAAAUUCGUAUGGAUGUCGAUAGUGUACGGACAACCGAACAAUUAACAAGUUGGUUGUUUUUUCCUGGACCGGAAAAUGAUUAUUUUCUCGAAAUGCACUAUUUACGUGGUUUCAUACAACUACAAGAUUUGAUUGAACGCGCAGUCAUUGACUUACAUUUCGAAGAUACAAAGAAACCACCAACGAACCCAGUUGUGUACAUGCAAUUGAUGCCAUAUCCAUGUUAUCGUGGUGAUCCUGGCAAAGAAUCAUCGUAUGUCAAUUAUUUUAUCUUGCCGAUUUUGGGAACGUUAAUGUGGACGGCUACUUUGGGUGUUUCGAUAAAAAAUUUAAUGCGUGAACGCGAAAGAAAUGUCGAACAAACAAUGAAAAUCAUGGGACUUAAUUCCGUCAUUAAUUUCAUUGCUUGGUUGAUAUGCUCAUUCAUACCUAUGGUGAUUGUUUCGAUUAUUGUUGCAGUUGUGCUCAAAUACGGUGAGAUUUUCCCUGCGUCGGACUUAACUGUUACCGUAACACCGUUAUUGACAUUAGCUUUAUCCGCAUUGAUGCUGGGAUAUCUCAUUAGUGCAUUCUUUACCAAAGCAAAUUUAGCAACAUUAUGUGGCAUUUUAAUCUACUUUAUUUCAUAUCUUCCAUUCAUUCUCGUGAUGUUUCUCGAAACUAAAAUGCAACUCGGUCAUAAAUUAUUGAUUAGCUUGUCCAGUGCAACGGCAUUUGGUUAUUCGUCGAUCUACUUGACACGUUUUGAAUAUCAAGGCGAAGGUGUGCAAUGGAACACAGCUUUCAAAAGCAUCUUUCCCAAUGAUCAAAUGAACUUCGGUAUUGCUUGUGUAAUGAUGCUAGUCGAUUCGAUAAUUUAUGGUUUAAUCGGCAAAUACAUUCGAUCCGUUUUACCGGGUAAAAAUGCUCGAAAGAAGCCCCUAUGGUACCCAUGUUUACCAUCAACAUGGUGUUUCUGGAAGAAACGAUCCAAGUUUGGUGAUGGUGCGAAUUCUCUAUUUCAUAUAGAACGUGAUCAUCAGCCCAAUCCAUUUACUGUGCGAAUGAAACAAAUUGAUCCGAAUAAUGAACAAGAACCGACGGAUUUACCUGUGGGAAUUGCGUUUGAAAAUCUUUCCAAACAUUACGGUCAGAAGAAGAAAGCAGUGGAGAAUCUAUCAUUGAAACUUUAUGAAAAUCAAAUCACCGCAUUACUUGGCCACAAUGGUGCUGGAAAGACAACAACAAUCAACGUUUUAACCGGAAUUUAUCCUCCAACGAAUGGUACGGCUAGUAUCUACGGACAAGAUAUAACAACAGAUUAUGAGCAAAUACGAAAAAACGUGGGUCUGUGUCCGCAAGAAGAUAUUCUAUUUGAUUUCAUGACUGUACGUGAACAUUUACAAUUCUAUGGUCGUCUGAAGGGAAAUAUGAGUUCCAAAGAACUAGAUCGUGAUAUAAAUGAAUUGUUGACUAGUAUGGGUUUAUGGGUAUUUCAACACGAACGUGUUUCAUCAUUAUCAGGCGGUGUUCGACGAAGAGUGUCAGUUAGCAUUGCCUUUGUAGCUGGUUCAAGAACAGUUAUUCUUGAUGAGCCAACAUCGGGUGUUGACCCAUGUGCACGAAGAAGUAUCUGGGAAGUGAUAUUUAAACAUCGAGCUGGACGAACUAUCUUGUUAACAACACAUUAUCUCGAUGAAGCGGACACCCUAAGUGAUCGAAUUGCCAUUAUUCAUCAAGGUCGUCUAUUAUGUAGCGGUUCAUCGAUGUUUUUAAAGAAUCGCUUUGGUCGUGGGUAUAGUUUAACCAUUGACUUAAAACUUAAGUUAAAUAACAAAAUGAAAGUUGUUGAGAGUAAACAAUUCAAAGAUGUGAAUAACUUUAUUCUGCAAGAAAUGCCUGAUGCUACACUGCGAGAACACAUCGGAAGUGAAAUAACAUAUUCGCUUAAACUUGAACAACGAAACAAAUUUGCACUACUAUUCAAACAAUUAGAACUUAAUAAAGAACGUUUAGCUGUCGGAAAUUAUGGCUUAUCCGAUACAACACUUGAAGAAGUUUUUCUAUGGGUGACAGAAUUAGCUGAUCAAGGCAAAAUGGACGAAUCAAAUGACAAUGCAACUAUACCGAAAAUAGUCGUUGAACAAACAGGGUUUUCAUCUGCUCUAAGCGAUGAUAGUGGUUUAGGCGGCGAAUCAAACGCAACUAUGGAUGGUAUAUCAACGAUAAGCAGUAGUAUAGCUCAAUUACCUACAACAACUAAUGUUAUCCUUGCACCGCUAACGCGACCGCCUCGAGUGACUGGUCGUAAAUUGUAUUUUCAUCAAUUUCAAACAUUACUAUUGAAACGCUUCCAUCAUACGAAACGAAACUGGAAAGUUUUCCUGUCACAUCUCAUUCUUCCUUUACUAUUCGUGGCAAUGUCGAUGGGUUUCACACUAGUACGUCCAUCUCAAGUCUUUCAACGACCAUGGUUACUGACUCCAGCUAUGUACGAUCAAUCAGCAAUGUUUGUCAAGUAA